AUGUCUGAAUUCAUGUCUACAUUACUCUUUGGAGAUAAUCAAGAGUUUGAAAGCUUUCUGGCUGAAGAACUCCAAGGUUUUAUGGCAAGGCUGAGGCAGAUAGAGAGUCACCAUGACUCAUCAUCCUCCGCUUCACGCAUCUCUUUACUGUUUUUGAUUGGGGACGAUCAUGAGGCUUUGAACAUGGCUCAGGGCGCGACCAUUGAAUACAUAGAAAAGCUGGAGAAGGUGACAAUGGAAGGAUCAGGAAUGGUGUAUGCGGUUUGCUUGGAUGAAAUGUCGAUAGGGUCAGAAGCUAGGCGGUUGCCAUGCUCUCAUGUGUACCAUUCCAACUGCAUCGUAGAGUGGCUGGAGAAGAAUAAGACAUGCCCUUGCCGGACUUCUUGA